UCUGCGCUGCUCGCUGCCGGCUCGCCGGUGAUGCCGGUCCCGGGCCGGCGCUGUCCCCGCCGGUGCUGCCCCUCGUCGCGGCGGGCUGAGCCCCCGGACCUGCCAUGGUGCCCUGCGGGGCCGUGCUCUGGCGGCGGCUGCUAAGGAAGCGGUGGGUCCUCGGCGUCGUCUUUGGGCUCUCGCUCGUUUACUUCAUCACCAGCACCUUCAAGCAGGAAGAAAGGAUGGUGAGAGACCGGAAUCUCCUCCAAGUGCAGGAGCAUGAGCAGCCGAUCAUGUGGAAGGUGAAGUUCAGUUCGGGAAACAGCAGUCAGCUGAGUAACCAGUGCAGGAACUCUGUGCAGGGGAAGCUCCUCAUUACAGAUGAACUGGGCUACAUCUGUGAGAGGAAGGACCUGCUGGUGAAUGGCUGCUGCAAUGUGAAUGUGCCCAGCACAAAGUUGUACAGCUGUGACAGCUGCCUGCCCAAUGGCUGCUGCAGCGUCUACGAGUACUGCGUGUCCUGCUGCCUGCAGCCCAGCAAGCAACAUCUCCUGGAGCGGUUCUUGAACCGGGCAGCGAUUGCUUUCCAAAACCUCUUCAUGGCAGUGGAAGAUCACUUUGAGCUGUGUCUGGCCAAAUGUAGGACUUCGUCACAGAGUGUGCAGCAUGAGAACACCUACAGAGACCCGAUUGCCAAAUACUGCUAUGGCGAGUAUCCCCCAGAGCUCCUGCCUGUUUGAGAGCUGCAGGAUCUGAGCAACAAAAGGAAGGAGCUGGAGACUUGAAUCUGGAAGAGCAAGACAACAGCUGUUGCUUUACCAAAGCCUCAGUGUAAAAAGCUUGUCUUGUCUUGUCUGUGGGGGCAAACCCAGAGGUGAACAGAGGAAGUAAGGAACUUAAGUUCUUCGGGACUGAAUCUUGCUUUCUUCAAUUUAUUAUGCACCUGCUUCAGAGUGCUAGUACUGUGCUACAGUGCCAGUGCAUUCUUUGAAUACUUCCUCUAAAUUUCAGGAAUCACAGAGCCGAUCUAGGCUAUAGAACAUCAUGGGAAAAAUAUCUAAUGUGUCUUUGCAGCUGUAGAUGGAGGUUCAGUUGUGUCUCUGCAUUCCAGAGACUUUCCAGAGUGACAGUAGUAACGGGAGGAUUUUUCCUUUUAGAGAGCAAAGCAUGCCCACUAUGCUUCUCUCUUUGGAGCCCUUCUUGAUGUGCAUGGUGUACACUACAUAUGUAAUUAUGAAUUAUUUAUUCAUUUUAUAGGGGUCACUGGCUGACAGUAUUUAUGCUUUGCAUAGCUAGUUGUGGAUGCCUUUCAGUCCCUGCUUUGCUAUGUCAGCUGGAAGGGAUGUUUUAGAUCCUGACUAAAGUUGGUAGGGUUUUUUUCCUCCUUAGUCUAAAGGAAUUAUAUUGGGAUUUGUCACUAUAGUACUUAUGUUGCUCUUAGGGAGUUUAAACCAUUCAGAACUCCAAUGGAGUUGUUCUUCUGCCAAAGUCCCAUCGCACAAGAGAAGAGCAGGGAUCUGCCUAGGAUGGGAUGUUUAUUGUCUCUGAACACUUUCCUUGUUACUCUGCAACAGUUUCCUCAAAGAGGAGUCUAGUUUUGUGAGCAGUUCUUUGCUGGUCCUCUUGCUGACACGGAGCAGGGAUGAUUUGUUUGCUUGAACUUGUUCAGGCCUUGGUAUUUCAAGUGUAUUUCACUCCUGGUUGUGCAGGAGGCAAAAGGGUGGAGUUGUAGGACUUCAGUUUAAUGAUGUCCUUGUGCAUGAGGUAUUUAGAACAUCAGAACAUGGUGCAAACCCUCCUUUGAGGACAGCUGUGUUGCAUGAGCUCAGCUGAAGUCAUGAUGCUUUUGAUUUGCUAGUGGACAUACUUGACAUACUCUGGAAUUGUGGCCUGAUCAGAAUGACAACAGCCUUGGUUCUCCACAGUUGCUCCUAGCUCUCUAAAGUUGCAAUUUCAACUCUGUCCUUCUAAAGGCCACACAACAGAAAAGGUGGGUAGAGAACCUGUAAAUGCUGACUAAAUUUCUGCUCCCCCUGCAAAGUCCAAGUGCUAGACUAAACUGAGCUGUUCCUCUCUAUAUGCAGAGCCUCAUUUCUCUUGUUUUUAUCCCAUUCAUCUCCCCCAUAAUUUUGACUUUGCGUCUGCUUGCUUAAACUGCAUAAAGUAAAAAUGAAAUAAAAGCGUAGAAGUCUACAGAGGUGUUGAAGAUAAAAACCACGAAAAACAAACAGUGGUGGAGUAUCCUGCUGCAGAUCUGUAGAAUGCUAUUGCAAUUGCAUAUGAUAUAAAGACUACAAUGCAUAUGGUACUACGUAUGGUAGUACAAGAAGUAGUACCAGCCAUCUGAUAAAAUCCACUUGCAUUGCUUUUGUUGUUCUUUCCCAGAAGUCAUCAAGUGAAAUAAUGGCUCCAUCAGCAGAUUGUCUUGGAAAUCUUGAUUUUCCAAAAGCUUGAGAGCUUUAGCAUUAGCAAUUUAUCCAACUGAAAACUGUCUCCCCUUUGCUGCCAUCCUAUGGCAACUUGCUGCAGCAGACAUGGUACAGUGUGAGGAUGCAGUGUGAAAUGCUGUCUUCAGAGGGUAGCAGAGGUUGCUUCUCUUUUCAGUGUUAAACAGAUUCUUCACCCCUUUCCAGCACUUCAUAAUCAUUUUCCCUAGGGAAGGCCAUCAGCUUGGUCUAUCAUAUCAUAUCAUUCCUGCUGAGACAUAUUCCAGCACUUCAUGUGUUUGCACCAUGGCUGAUAAGGUCAAGAUGCUGAUGGCUUGCUCUUGCUUUCUUUUCCAACUUGAUAAUAAUUCCUUAGCAGGUGAUACCACUUCGUGAAGCAGUAAUUGUAAGGAAUCAUAAGAAACAUUGUAAUUUGGACAACUUUGUGGGAAUUCCUGUCCCUUUUCUCUCCUAGAAAAACAGGAUGUGAUCAGAAGUGCAUUGUGACCAUUGUCCAUCCAAUGGGACAGAAACUGCAUCCUCCCUCCUUGGUAGCUGAGCUGUUCAGCUGUGUCUGUACUACGUGUUAAAUCAUUAAAAAUUUGUGUUCCAAAAUA